AUGCGGUCUCUAUCACCGGCCCUCGCGUCUCUCGCGAAUGUCUUCCGAAUCCCCAUGUCGCUGACCCCGGCCCGCCCGACUGUCUCCCGGGCAUGCAACGAGAUCCUGGCCCGCCGGCCGUCACCACAACCCGGCCCGAUCACCGCGGCCGUGCAAUCAGCUCCGUUCUCGUCGACAAGUUCAUUGGCAAAGAGAAAGGGCAAGGGAUCUAACGUGGAUAAGCGAAUCACUCUCAUCCGCUACUUUCUCUACCACCCUCUGACUCCCCGUCCUCUCCGUUUCUCCCGCAACCGCUACCUCCGCCACUGGACCAUCCACCGCGCCUGGCAACUGUUCCAGGCAAAGCAGCGCAGCGCCCACGAACUCGAACUCGAGCGCCAGUACCAGGCCAUGCAGUCUGCGUGUGAGGAAUUGCGCGUUGGUGCUGGAGAUGGCGGCAGACUGUUCCGCAAGUCGAUGAUCAAGAAGGGUAUCUUCAACGAUAUGUUCCCGAUCGAGUACGGCCGCAUGCAAACCGAGUACCCGGCCGCUGAGGGGUGGAAUCAUGAUUGGAAGCGCCCUGAAAAGAAAUAA